CUAAUCAUUUUUAAGAUUAAUUUUAAAGAAAACUAUUUUUAUUUUUCAAAUACCUUGUUUGCCUCAUCAAUUUGUAUAUAAUGGCACUGUUCCAUUUUGCAGCACCUGCUAGACUUCCUGGAUUCCAUGUAUGUGUUGGAAGUGGGGGAGAAAGGUUGGCUCCUGAGUGGUACCAACAACAAGGGAUAGAGUUAAUUCUUAGCACAGAAAUAGUGAAAGCAGACCUUGCUGCAAAGUCUUUGAGCAGUGCUAAUGGAGAAACAAUAGAGUACCAGACUUUAAUUAUUGCAACAGGCUCAGCAGUUAUAAAGUUGACAGAUUUUGGUGUAGAAGGGGCUGAUUCUAAAAAUAUCUUUUACCUGAGGGAGAUUGAUGAUGCUGAAAGAUUGUACGAGGCAAUCAAAGCAAAGAAUAAUGGGAAAGCUGUGAUUGUUGGAGGAGGAUACAUUGGUCUAGAGCUUAGUGCAAUUUUGAGGCUAAACAAUAUUGAUGUUACAAUGGUCUACCCUGAACCUUGGUGUAUGCCAAGACUUUUUACCUCCGAGAUAGCUGCUUUCUAUGAGGAAUACUAUGCAAAAAAUAAGGGGGUGACAAUCAUUAAAGGAACUGUUGCUGCUGGUUUCACUGCUAAUUCCAAUGGAGAGGUAAAAGAAGUAAAGUUGAAAGAUGGAAGAGUUUUGGAAGCUGAUAUUGUUGUUGUAGGCGUGGGAGCAAAGCCUCUAACAAAUUUGUUUAAAGGGAAAGUUGAAGAGGACAAAGGCGGAAUCAAGACUGAUGCCUUCUUCAAAACAAGUGUAGAUGAUGUUUAUGCUGUUGGAGACGUGGCUACUUUCCCUAUGAAAAUGUAUGGUGAUGUGAGAAGAGUUGAACAUGUCGAUCAUGCUCGCAAAUCAGCCGAGCAGGCUGUAAAGGCCAUCAAGGCAAAAGAGAAUGGGGAAACAAUAGAGGAGUACGACUACCUUCCAUACUUCUACUCUCGCGCAUUUGACCUGUCAUGGCAAUUCUAUGGUGACAAUGUUGGAGAGGCAGUGGUAUUUGGAGACAGAGAUCCAAAAUCAGCAAAGCCAAAGUUUGGAACAUAUUGGAUUAAAGAUGGCAAAGUCUUUGGAGUAUUCUUGGAAGGUGGAACCCCAGAGGAGAACAAGGCUAUUGCCAAAGCUGCCAAAGUCCAGCCUCCAGCAGAAAAUCAGGAUCAACUGGCACAGGAAGGUGUUUCCUUCGCUACUAAAUUAUGAUCAUUAUUUUCUGGUCCAAAAAUAUAGUUAGGUCAUUAAUUUAGGAAGAAAUAUCAUACAUAUGCAUGUCCUCGGAAUAGAAAAGACUUCUUUUGUAUGAUGAUGAUCUUCCAAUUGUUUUGCUAUUUAUGUUCUUGGAUGGUUUGGAUAACAGCUAUCAAGUAGCACUCCACUUCAACUUUAUUCUAAGACACAAGAAAAGACAAAAGAUAGAGAAGAA